CAUUAGGGAAUCCUCAUCAGAAGAUGAGAAAGGCAGAGGCCUAAGAAAAAAAAAUUUCGAAGCACCUGAUAGGUCGUUAUUCUAAAUGUGCGUCUCCACCAAUGGAGGAAGCUGAUCAAUCAUCAGCAGAUUCAGAUUAUAGACUACAGGAGAUCGGGAUGCCACAACCAGAGAACUUAACUCGGUUAUGGCCUCAAACUUCUUCCAAUUUCUACAGUCCUCCCCGCAUGACAGGAACAGUUGCUAUCGAACACAAUGAGAUCUUACAACACCCGUCAGGGCCAAAACAAACAGGUGUCAACCAACAUGAGCCACUUUCCACUGAAAAUCGAUACACAAUACCUGAUUCACCCUUGUCCAUAAUCAAUCAAGAGGUUCAGACUAGAGUUGAAAACAAUGGGAACCUAGAAAGAAAGAUUGAUAGAUUAACUGAACUUGUUGGGAGGAUUCUCCUAGAAAUUGAGGAGCUAAAGUUACAGCGAGGAAAGAAUGAAGUGCUGAAUCACACUGAUUUGAGGGAUGAAUUUCCGUUUACGUCUUUGGAAAAAUUGAAGGAAUUUGAGGCAAGAUUAGAAGAUGAGGAGGAGAAAAAAAAAGUGACCCAAUACUUCAAAUCGAUAGGAGGCUUGACUUCCAAGGACUUCCAUUCGAGGGUGAUGGCAAGGGUCUUCACAAAUUCCCUUGCCAUGCAGUGUUCUUGGAAAGGAUUCAAGAACAAUUACAAGGUCGAGAGUAUGUUACUCCUACAAUGUUUAUAUUGUUACGAUACCGUUUCCCACAAUAAGCACGGAAUCGCAUCGGAACCCGAAAUACAGGAUUCCUGGAAGACGACACAAGGCGUGACCACCGAUUGUGACUCUUUCCGUUUUUCAUAAUUUGAAUAGUAGUUAGUUGAUGUCUAGCGUUAAAUAGAUUCAUUUGAUUUUUCUUUGAACAAAUAGAAACGAUAUCCAUUCUAUUGAGUUGUCCUUUAAUUACCAUUGGCAACCCUAAAAAGAAAUAAGUUCUUUUUAAGAAUAGACUUUUGGAUACGUUAUUCAUAACUGGCGCUGCGAACAGGAUAUCGCAACGGGGUUUUAGUGAAAAGAAAAAAAACUAAAAUCAGUUUCCAUAAGUGAAUAAGGACUCGUCCGGCAAUUGUACAGGCUGUUCGAAGAGUGUUCGAGGAACUCCCGGUGACUAUCAAGUCUUUGUGCGGUAUCACCAAGAAACCACAUCGAACCAGCAGAGAAUCAAUUCUACCACUCCAUCCAGAAGAAUGGACAUCAACUCGAUCCACUUCGAUUAAGAAGAAGGAACUACACACCCUAGGAUGCAUAUGUUGGUGAUGUAAGUCUAUCAAUCUCUUUCCUUAAACCCAGAAUCCCAAAGUUCAAUGACACAUACCGAUUCUUCAAGCGUACUAGAAGUUAUCGCUGAAGAUUCAGAAUUAUUAGA